AAAGAAUGUUUUGAUCUUGCGUUUUGUGGUCAGCUGCGGUUUACUUUGUUUAGAUAGUGGACGAGGAACGAGACUACAAAUGAAACAAUUUAACUUUGUUUCCGCGAAGAAACUUUAUGUGAAACAAACUUAUCAUAGCUUUUAGUUGCCUGGUUUCAAAGUAUGAGCCUCCAGAGCUGCCCACAUUUGGGCACUUUUAAGGCGAACAAAGGAACAAGGCCCUACUCAAUCAUCCACAGAUAUUUCGUUGCAUGCUCCUCUGCCGAAGCUCGGGAAAGAAAGGCAAAGGUUUGGAAGUGCAACACAUGCCACCGCCAUGACGGAAGGCUACACGCCUGCCUUCAAUGUAUCUUUUUUGGUUGCUACAACAGAGGUCACAUUCACGAUCAUGCAAAAUUGAAGCAACAUAAUCUUGCUGUUGAUUUAGCCUAUGGUGCUGUAUAUUGUUAUUUAUGUGGGGACUACAUAUAUGACCAGGAUUUAGAAGAAGCUCGAAAAGAAAUUAAAUUGAAAGGUUCGUCUAACCAUUUAAGUAUAAAGAAAUUUUCCUUCUGGGAAGCAUCAGAACGAGAAGUUGACUUGUUACUUCGAAAUCCAAAGCGAAGGAAAAUUACAGAUAAUUCAACAAUAGGUCUUCUUGGUCUAAUCAAUUUAGGCAAUACAUGUUUCAUGAACUGUAUUGUGCAGGCCUUGACACACACGCCGCUACUAAGGGAUUACUUCCUGUCUGAUCGGCACCAGUGUCAAAUGCUGGAGCAUGGACAGUGUCUAGUAUGUGAGAUGUCAACAUUAUUCCAAGAGUUUUACUCAGGUCGACGCCAUGUACACAUUCCAUAUCGUCUAUUGCAUUUAGUUUGGACCCACGCUAGACACCUUGCAGGCUACGAGCAGCAAGAUGCUCAUGAAUUUUUUAUUGCAGCAUUAGAUGUUCUGCAUAGGCACUGUAAAGGUCACAAUGGUGUGCGAAGUAGUAACCCUAGUAACUGUAACUGUAUUAUAGACCAAAUCUUUACUGGUGGCCUCCAGUCAGAUGUUACCUGCCAAGUGUGCAGGGGUAUAUCUACGACAGUGGAUCCGUUCUGGGACAUAUCCUUAGAUCUUGGACCAUCUGGAAGCCACUUUUUAAAUCAAUCUGAGAAUAUAUCUGUGAUUUCUAACGACAGUAACUCUUCUGGUUCUAGCUGUAACAGCAAUGAAAAUAUAACCAAUCUAUUAUCACCGACUGGCUUUGAAGAUGUUCCAACCUCUCUAGAUGAUUGUCUACGAAGAUUUACUCGUGCAGAGCAUCUAGGAAGUAGUGCUAAAAUCAAGUGCAACUCUUGCCAAAGCUACGAGGAAUCAACCAAACAGUUAACGAUGAAGAAGCUUCCAAUUGUCGCGUGUUUCCAUCUUAAGAGAUUUGAACACAGCACUCGUUCACGAAAGAAGAUAAGCACCUUCAUAUCAUUCCCACACGAACUGGACAUGACUCCAUAUAUGUCCUCACAUCGCCGUGCCAACGGUCAACGUAGUAAUAUUAGGACUAGUUUGGGACUACAGCAAACAAACAACAA